AUGGCAGAGCAGCAAGGUCUGAGCGCAGAGCGUGUCAACUGCAAUCUGGCUCUACACCGUGCCUCAGCGUCAGGAAAUGUCGAUCAGUGCGAGCUCCUUCUUUCCGUCACAAACCCAGGAAAAGAUUGGGAUGGAUCCGCUGAUGUUUGGUAUGCGGAUGAUGAGAUGAUCGGCUGGGAUGCGCUGCACUAUGCUGCAGAUGCAGGUCAUGUCGAUGUAGUGCGACUUCUACUGAAACAUGGGGCUAUAUGGAAUGCGGUAGAUCACCUUGGCUACACUGCAGCGGAUGUGGCGUGGUCGAGGAACCAUGUCAAGUGUUAUGAGGUCUUAUUCCAGGAAGGUGAGCGCCAGUCCUUCCUUGUGGACCUUCUUUCUCGCCGUGUACACCAGGAUCAAGAACAGGAGUCUAAUGAGGUGGAAGACAAUGCUGUGCAUACCAAAGAAGGAGAGCAAGAGCAACUUACCUUGGUCUCCGGCUCCCACAAUGAAGUGACAUACUCCAACACGGAUUUCCUGCAGAGUCGUUUAACCUUUGUCAAGGACGAGCGUGGUCAAUGGCGUUGCUUGGACAAAGAUAAAAAUAUGGUCAUGGCCGAAUGGGAGAAUGAAAUCAUGCUGGCGUCUGCUCGUGCUUUGUGUGAAGGUCAACCAGAAGGCUUUUCCAUUCUCAACGUCGGAUUUGGUCUCGGCAUUAUUGAUGAAGCUAUUCAGUCAUACAAGCCAGGCCGCCAUGUGAUUAUCGAGCCUCAUCCGGAUGUUAUUGCAUUCAUGGAAGAGCGUGGUUGGCAUGAACGUCCUGGCGUCGAGAUCUUCAAAGGAACUUGGGAGCAGUUUAUGAAGCCAGAGAACGAUGAUGAUGGUUCUAUUGCUAUGGCUCUUGGCGAUUUUGAUGCCAUCUACUUUGAUACCUAUUCCCAAGAUUAUCAAGAUCUUCGUUUAUUCUUUGAGUGCUUGCCCAAUGUCCUUUCUGGCCCGGAAGCGCGUUUCUCGUUUUUCCACGGCCUUGCAGCAACCAACCAGUUCCUAUACAAUGUGUACACAAGGGUGUCUGAACUGGAUCUGAAAGACAUUGGCCUUUCGACCAAGUGGUCGACACUCUCACUCCAGUUGGACGAAGAGACAUGGGAUGGCGUGAAGCGCAAGUACUGGACUCUGCCGCAAUAUUAUUUGCCUGUGUCACAUAUGGAUGUUUUGUAA